UGAUGGUGCCGUAGCCUCGCGCUGCCUCUGCACUUUUACGCACGGGUUUUUACCGGGGGAAUCCUUCCAGCACCGUGCGUCUCGCCUCACUGGACGCUGGAAGCUUUGACCUUUGCUCGGCAGCGAAUGACAAACCAAAGGUCGGUGUGUUGUGAGCGGAGCCGGGAUCCAGAGCGCAUCUUCACAACGGCACAAGACGGCGCACACGGGAGAAUGGUAGAAAGCGCGCAGCAAGUUGGUCGAUAGCGCCGGGGAGAGCUUCAGUGUCGGCAGCGGCGCAGGCGGAGGAGGAGGAGGAGGAGGAGGCAGCAGCAGCAGCGGCGGCGGCGGCGCACUCGGAGGCUCCAUAGCGGCCACACUUGGACCGAAGGCGGGCCCGCUGAGAGAGGAGGACUGCAGCACCAUGGACAGCUCAGAUAUGGAUGCCAAUUAUGGCGGAGGACUGUUGGACAUGGUGAAGGGAGGAGCAGGGAAGUUCUUCAGCAACUUCAAGGACAACCUGAAGGACACGCUGAAGGACACGUCCACCAAGGUCAUGCAUCAGGUUGCCACGUACACUAAAGGGGAGCUGGACAUUGCCUACAUCACAUCACGCAUCAUAGUGAUGACAUAUCCAGCGGAGUCCGUACAGAUCGGCUAUCAGAACCACGUGGAGGACAUCCGCUCCUUCCUCGACAGUCGCCAUGCCGACCACUACACUGUUUUCAACCUAUCGCAGCGCAACUACCGCGGCGCCAAAUUCUCCAACAGGGUCUCGGAGUGUAAUUGGCCGUCUCGCCAGGCUCCCAGCCUCCACAACCUAUUUGCUGUGUGUAAGAACAUGCACAACUGGCUCAAACAGAAUCCCAAGAAUGUGUGUGUCAUCACCUGCUCAGAUGGUCGUGCUCUUUCGGGCGUUCUGGUCUGUGCCAUGUUCUGCUUCUGCCACCUCUUCAACAACCCGGUUCCUGCCAUGCAGCUGCUCAGCGCCAAGAGACCAGGAUCGGGCCUCUGGCCUUCACACCGCAGGUACAUAGGUUAUGUGUGUAGCAUGGUGUCGGAGAAGCCCAGUCUGCCUCACUCUAAGCCGCUGGUGAUCAAGGCCCUCACCAUGAGUCCGGUCCCCUGCUUCAACAAGCAGCGCAGCGGCUGUCGGCCCUUCUGUGACGUCCUCCUGGGAGAGACAAAGAUCUUCACCACUGCACAGGAGUAUGAGAGGAUGAGAGAGCACAGAGUCCAAGAAGGGAAGGUGGUGUUCCCUCUGGGCGUAAGUGUGCAAGGAGACGUUGUGGUUUCUAUCUAUCAUAUGAGGUCGACCAUUGGAGGACGUCUACAGGCCAAGGUGUCCAACACCCAAAUCUUCCAGAUCCAGUUCCACACUGGCUUCAUCGCUCCUGGAACCACCGUGUUAAAGUUUAACAAACCAGACCUGGAUGCAUGUGACUCUCCAGAGAAGUAUCCCCAGCUGUUCCAUGUGAUACUGGAUGUGGAGGUUGAGGGGGUGGACAAGCAAAAAGACCUGACACCACCGUGGGAGCAGUUCCCCUGUAAAGACCUGAGCCCCAACGUGCUUUUCUCCUGCCACCAGGAACACCAGGACGCGCUGGCUAUUGCUGAGCCGAGCCGGCCCCCCGGGGGUCCAGAGGGUCGAGGCCAUGGUGAGGAAAGUGAGCCCUCUGAUGACGAGAUGCUGUCUCUCUCCAGUCAGCGGAGCAAUGCCAGCGCAGCCCCCCAGAGACCUGACCCCCCUGCCCCCACGCCUGCAGCUCCUGCAAGUGAAGAAGUGGAUCUCCUUGGCCUGGACGGGGAGGAGAUGAACCGACUGUCCUGCGCUUCGUCUCAGCCACCGUGUGCCGCAGCCACCGACCUUCUAGGGGACUUGUUCGGGGCCCCGGCUCAGCCAACCAGUGGGGCUUCAUCCGCCCAGUCCACACCGCAUAAGGUCGUCCCCAACACUGCCUCGCCAUGUCACUCUCCUGCACCACCAGCGUUCGAUCCCUUUGGGACCGGUCCGAUGCCCAAGCCUCAGGACGUGAUGGGCUCGUUCCUCGGACCAGGUAACGUGGGGCAGUCAGACCCCUUCCUGCAUGCUGCUCGCUCUCCAUCUCCCACCCUGCAGCCCACAGGCUUGGGCCGGAGUUCCCCCGUUCCACCUGCCACCCCAACCGUCAACAUUCAGCAGCAAAACGCCAAGGGAGGAUGGGACUGGAACAGACCGGCCACCACAACCCCAGGAGGAGGCUUCAGUGUGGGCAGCCGGUCAGCUACUACCAGCCCCACAGGCUCAGUGCACAGCACCCCCACCCACCAAACAAAGCCAAACACCCUGGACCCUUUCGCUGACAUAGGCAACCUCGGGGGAAGCCUUGGAGGAGGUUCUGGCUUCUCCAGCAAACCCACCACCCCGACUGGAACAACCCCCUCUUUCCCUCCCAUGGGCUCCCCAUCACGGCCUCCUCCGUCUCCCCAGCACGCAGGAGGGUGGCAGCCCCACGCAGGAGCCGGCUUCCCUUCUUGGCAGCCAGGUGCUACAGGCGGCGGAGGGUGGCAAGCUCAAGGACAGGGGCCGACCCCGCAGCCAAAGCCCAGCCCCAGCCACACCUCAUUGCCUCACACGUCGCCUCAGAACCGACCCAACUACAAUGUCAGCUUCUCUGCAAUGGGAGGAGGCUCGCCCAGUGCGGGGGUUAAAGCACAGGCUGCCAUGGGUUCUAAGCCCAAGGCCUCAAACGCCAACUUUGAUGACCUGCUGUCUGGCCAAGGCUUCGCAGGGGCCAAAGAGAAGAAAGGGCCCAGGACCAUUGCAGAGAUGAGGAAGGAGGAAAUGGCCAAAGAGAUGGACCCGGAGAAAAUAAAGAUUCUGGACUGGAUCGAGGGGAAGGAGCGCAACAUCCGUGCCCUUCUGUCCACCAUGCACACCGUGCUGUGGGAGGGGGAAACACGCUGGAAGCCGGUGGGCAUGGCCGACCUGGUCACUCCGGAGCAGGUCAAGAAGGUCUACCGCAAAGCAGUCCUGGUCGUCCACCCAGAUAAGGCAACAGGACAACCGUACGAACAAUACGCCAAGAUGAUUUUCAUGGAACUAAAUGACGCCUGGUCAGAAUUUGACAGCCAAGGACAAAAACCUCUUUACUGAGUAAACAGAGAGGGGAAAUGAACGAGGAGGAGGAUUCAUCUCAUCCUUAAAAAAUAAGUCAACAUACGACAGCCACAUCCUGCAACAUCUGCCUUUAUACCUGUGCUUUGACCCGUACUUCUGUUCUUACCACACAAACGCAGAGGAGCCAAGUUGAUCUGCAGAGAUUACAGAGCGAACAGUGCUCGGACCAACGGUGCAACUGGACAAAUGACCCCCCCCCGCCCCGGUAGCCCUUAUACCUACCUACUGUAUGUAUGUGGUGCAACAGUGUCCUUCCUCAAUGUUGAGUGUCCUCACCCCUGAACCAAACCACUAAUCAAAGCAGAGUCACCGAGGUGGCUAGAAAAACAGAGCAAUGUCUGAUUCUGAGGAGACGGAGAUGAAAACCAAGACGAAGGACGCGCUAGAUAAGAGAAGAACUCAUCAGGGAGUGAACAAGCAUUUCACAGACCAGGUCGUCUGUAAGCCACAACAGGCAUUUACCCAUAAUUCACUCCGACCUUCUGCCCAUAAAAAGUAGAUUUUCUUUUUCAUUCGUGUGAAAGUUGGAACCAUGAUCAGUUCUGUUAAAUCUAAUCAAGUCUCUCAUGCAUCUGAAUGUUCCUUCGAAUGAGAGAAGCAGCAUCUAAUUACUGUACAUUCUCAACUGACAAGUGAAGCCAAAUGUGUUUUCCAUCCAAAAUGAGUUGUUUGGAGGAAGGAAAUAACAAUAAACACUAAUUUAUGAAGCGUUACGGCUUCGAGAAGGAAAUAAAGCAACAGACUAAUUCAAAAAUAUUAACAUUACAUAAAAUGAAACAAGACAGAAAAAUGCUAAAAUUUCAGUUCCUGGUUUAAUGUUCUUACAACAGGAGAGCUGCGCAUCACUGCUGCGGCUGAUGUAAUCAAGGCUCGCGUGUUUCUGUAUUUGCAGGGAAGUGGGGAUUGUAUAUUUUAGGAUUAGCACAUGUACAGUUCCAGACACGAAGCACCCCGAGGCCUCUUGCAUAUACUCGCUUGUACAGUAACAUAUUUCUGCAAAAGGGAGCUCAGUGAAAGCACAAACUGACGAAGGGAAGCCAGUGUCUAUUUAUUUAUUAGCUCAUUUUGUUCAUCUUCAUUGUGUCGUUUUUGUUGUUGUCGUUACGAGAAAGAGUUUUUGGGACGUGAAGUUGAAGUCACACUGUAAACUGAUUGACUAUACAACAGGUUUUGUGUUUAUGGUAUUUUAAUGUCUGCAAUAUCUUUUUACAAUUUACAGAGAUGAUGCUAAUGUGCGUAAAAAAACUACAACACUUUCUGUCGCCCCCACAAACUCACUACAGCUCAACACAAGGAAUGAUUGAUUUUACAGAAAUAACUGUAGGUUCAUUCUCUCAUUGGAUCAUGUGUGAAUUGUGUUGACUGACUGAGAGAUAUUUGUUUUCUUUUAAAGAUUUAUUUAUUUAUUUUAUUUAGAUAGGAGAGACAUUUCUGUCACAGCACAGGCACUUAAUAAUACAGAUCAUCAUUUCAUAUCAGCCAGAAGGUAGAGCACAAUUAUCAGCGUCUUUCUGUAGAACGUAUUCCUCCUCUGUGUGAUGGUUUCAUGUCUUUUGGUCCAUGUUUUAGGGAAAACUUACCCGUGACUCGAUUGGUGCCAUUUACAAACAUGCAAAAACUAAAACGUGUAUUUAUUUAUUAGCAAUGGAGCAAUUGUAAUUUAAUUUUUUAGGGUUUGAGGUAUUUACAGUUAUCUUUCCACAUUCAUCUUUGUGCUACUUUACUGUGAAAUCCAGCUGUUUUAUUCUGACACUUGAUCCAAUCCAUCCAUUUUAACACAUUCAAAUCAUGAACCUUUUAAGUGCUUUACAUCAGUUGUCUGCUUGUCUUUUGUUCAUCAUAACAUAUUUUAUCUUUUACUGGAAUUCGUUCUUUCCCAGUUUGUUCAUCUGCUUCCAGGGUGUUGACUGAAUACAAGAGUUUGCCAUGAAGCACUGUUUCUUCACCUGGACCCAGACCGGAUUUAAUAACUGGAGGAAUAAUUGUGUCUCGACUGACCGAAAAGGACAUUGGGUCUCAGGUUGAAAACACUGAACUCUGACCUCGAGGCUCCUGCUUCCUUUGGUGACACACCAGUCACAGGAAGUGUGCGGUAUGUGCUCUGUUCACACCGAGGACCUACAUGUGAAAUAACCCUCAUACGCUCCCUCGCCGACCGACUUCUCCACCUGCAGAAUCUUAUGGAUAUGUUAAAAAGGCUAACCUCUGUGUCGUAGUCGAUGAAUGUGUGUCGUGUGAAGUUGUGGUACGUAUGAAAGUGAUCAGGAUUGAAUACAGACGACUCUAGGUCAUAUGUUUUGCCUGUCUGAUGUUCAAGUAUUACUAAAUUGUGUAAAACAAAAAAAAGAAAAAAUAUUCUGUUCAAGUGUUCUGUUUACGGUUACAGGAUGUACAUAAUGAUCAAGUGCAGUGCACAGGAAUAAAUAGUAAACAGGAAAACGAGGAGGAGAGCAGCGUCCAUCACUUUCUAUGUGUUUUUUCAGAGGGGAUGUCGGGUUUAAAACAGGAGGCAGCAAAGAUGUAGUUUGUCCUGUUGAACACUAGAGAGCAGCAGCAU